AUGACCAUCGAAUACCACCGAAAGACACUGCAGGGGGAAGCCGAGAGUGCCACCGCCAGUAGAUCUGUACCAGCGUCACAGACAAGUUUAGGACCUAACACAGAUCGCGCACAUCUGAGAGCGCUUCGGACUCUCCUCGAGUUUCUGCACAUCGAGGUGGAGAGUCAGGAAAAGGCAUCUAAAGAACGGCCAGAGGACGUUGGUGGAAAAUCUACACCCCAUUUCACCAAGCGCGAGGCGCAGAAGAAGUCUACAAAUCCCGACAUGCCACGAACCUCUACUGCUACGGCUCUGCAUGGUGUUGUGGAAGGCCUCGAAUGUUUCUUCUGCAAGUCAAAAGAGCAUGAAACACCCGACUGCAACUCAAGGAUAACGCUAGCUGAAAAGAAGCGCAGGCUACAAAACGCCCAGAAAUGCUUCCGGUGCACGAAAGUGGGGCACAUGGCAAGGAUGUGUCGAGGUACACCCUGCUGCAACAGGUGCCGAGGCAGACAUACCUCCAGCAUGUGCGACCCAGAUUAUGCUCCGAGACGAUCUGCCGACGGAUUGAACGCACAGCAAAAGAAAGACGAAGCACCAGUUAGCCUACAUGUAAACGACGAAAACAAGGCGACAGUACUCUUAAAAACGGUUACUGCGUGGGUGGAAGGCAAAAACAGGAAAAAGCGAGCUCGGAUUCUCUUUGACAGUGGUAGCCAGCGCUCCUUCAUCACGGAAGAACUAUCGAGGAGUCUCGACUGCAAACUGCUCGGGACCGAGAUCCUGACUGUCGGAGUGUUCGGAGGCAAGAAAAGGGAACGAACGUACCGCAGAGUUCAAGUGAUUCUGCGCAACCAACACAGUGGCCAGAAACACAUGAUCGACGCCCUCGAGACACAUUCCAUCUCCGAGCAAGAACUCCCUAGCCCUGAGAAGGACGUUAUUGAAAAAAUGGAAGAACUCGGGCUUACUUCGGGUGACGACCUGAACGGACUGGACUGUGGCGGAGUAGCGAUACUACUGGGAUCGGAACAUUACUGGGAAUGUAUAACAGGAAGGAUCCUACGACUGAGCAACAGCCUCACCGCAGUGGAAACCGCCUUUGGCUGGGCAAUACAUGGAUCCACACAGUUGACUUCCGAUACUGUCAGCUGUUCCCAGGUGAUAGUGCUCAUAUCUGCUGCAGACGAACAAGAGCCAGCCAUCUUGAGGAGAUUCUGGGAGCUUGAAAGUGUAGGAGUACUCGAAGAGGUGGACCGAGAUCAGUCAGAUAAUGACAUUAUGCGGUGCUUUGAAGCAUGCAUCACCAAGACGAAGGGAAGGUACGAGGUUGGCCUCCCUUGGAAAACAGACGUGCCCCUAGAAUGCAACUGA